AUGACAGGAAACCUACACACUGUACAAAAACCUCAGCAGGGACCACAUCAGCAGGGAUUUAUCCAGUUUCUUUAUGAACUUGUAUCUAACCCUUAUUUUUUAUACAUCAAAACACCAAUGAAUGAUGAUGUUAAUGUCUCCUGUAAAUAAAGCUUAUGACUGGAAUGUUUCACCUGUCCUUAAUUUGAUUGGAGCAUUGACAGAUUCUGUCAAUUUGAUGUAUAUUCCUAUUAUGCUACAGUCAGGUCUUUUAACAUAUCUUAUACUUACAGUAUGCCUACAUUAUAUGACAUCACUGCUCUCAACAUGGACGUGCUCAGUGGUUUGGUCCUCUGGUGGUAAAUCCAUGUACUGCACUCUUUAGAGGAACAUAGCUGAAGGCAACUAUUCUGGUAAUGGGCCAGGCAAACAUAAAAAGGCUCUUCCACUGUUUUGUUCUGGGUCACUACAUAUGAAAAGUAAUUAAAGUUCAUUAUUCUUGUGAGGAUUUAGUGGCUUUAUUCUCAGAACCUCCUCAACAUUUAAAUGCGGUCAGCAAAGUGUAAGUAGAGUAUAAAGGGUUUUCUUUAUAUUUACCUACAAACAGCCGUUUCUGCAGCUCCUGGCUGAUCUUCAGGUGAGAUACCUUCUUAUCCUACAUGUGCUGCCCAAUAUACCUUCUGAAGGACGUAUUCAUCAGGCCCAAGUGAGCCACGUGGCUCGUCCACUGUUUCUCACUGUUCAGCCACAACCCCUAAGAUGUUCUCUCUGCCUCCUGAUCAGUUAUAUGACAGAUCUUCUUAGUCUGUGCUCCUCCUGUAGACUGCCCUCUACAGUUAUGAUGUCCAUUGACAUGGUUUUUCUAUGUAUUAGUGUUUUUCUAUGUAUUUGCUCCUAUCCCUUUAAAUGAUGUAUUCAGCAUGUCAACACUUUACAGGUAUCUGUGUUGUAUAAUUUCCCCCACCAAACAGAAUAUACAUUCAUUAGGUUUUAACCCUUUCUUGUUACAAUUGCAUAUUCUGUUUGUGCUUCUUGUAUUAACAAUUUGCAUUUAUUUUAUAUGAUCAGACUGUGGUUUUCCAAAGUGCAUGCAGACAGAGUCAACUGUAUUUAUUACUAAAUUAUGUACAACAAUAUAUAAUAUAGGCCUGGGCUAACCCUAGCUUCAUGUCCACACCCCGGCUUAACCCUAACCCUAGCCAUAACCCUAGCUUCAUGCUCACACCCCGGCUCAGCCAUAACCCUAACCCUAGCUUCAAUGUCUACACCCUGGAUCAACAUUAAACCUAACCCUGAACCUAACCCUAAUCCUAUCCUUAACCCUUACCCUAGCUUCAUGCCCAUACCCCGUAUCAAAAUUAAACCUAACCCUCACCCUAACCCUAAUCCUAACGCUAACCCUAGCUUCGUGUCCACACCCCGGAUCAACACUAAUCGGAACCAUAACCCUUUGUGAUUUCCAUUCUGCUUCCAGUAUUACUGUACCCUGAUAUCAAGCAAGAAUAUUGUGCAGGACAUAUAUAUAAUAUAAUGUAUGUACAGGAGAUGUAUGCAACAUCUAACUUACUGUUUUGAAAAGUCUUAUCAUAUGUUCAUCUUUUUAUGUCUUUGUCUACGUUUGUCUGCGGUCUCUUCAUCUAUCUCCAUGUUAACAACAUGACUUAUGAUAUAUUGACAAUAAAAUACAUCAAAGCAAGCAUGCAUUUGUAUAAUUGAGGGAGUGAUCUAUUUUCUCAUGCAGAUACUUCCUUGACCACUUUUGAAUGCAUGCUCUACUUGAUGUAUUGCAAAGAAUGCUUAACCUCGUUUUCUGUCAACGCCCACACGCACAUUCUGUCACAGGUACUGCUUGAGGUGGAAAAAAGUUUCUAUUGAGAGUCAAUAGGUUUCAGUGAAGUCUUAUCAAUUUGCUCCUAUUCCUUUAAAUUAUGCAUGCAACAUGCCAACACUUUACAGGUGUAGGUGUUGUAUAAUUUCCCCCACCAUACAAAUAUACCCUUUGUCACAAUUUAAUAAUUUUGUUUGUGCUUCUUGUGUUAACAAUUUGCAUUUAUUUUAUAUGAACAGACUGUGGUUUUCCAAAGUGCAUGCAGACAGGGUCAACUGUAUUAGUUACUAAAUUAUGUACAACAAUAUAUAAUAUAAGGCUUACAAAACAAUUUAAUAUAUUCCCUUGAGGAAUUUAAGGUUGAAGCAGUACAUCAGACACAUACAACAACACACUUCAAUAAAAUCAACACUUGAAAUGUAAUUGAUUGUAAGAGUGCAUUUAAUAACUAUAAUAAAAUAAAAACAAUGCCAAGGGUUGGUCAAGGUUAAGGUCGGCUCUAGCCCAAAUCUAACCCUAGCUUCUUGUCCACCUACUGAAUUGACCAUGACCCUAGAAUUAACCCUAACCCUAGCUUCAGUUGGCACAAAUAACAAAACAUAUUAGGAUAAGCAGGAUUAUGAGGCAGGCAGUUUUCUACUUGAUUAACUCCAGGCAGGAGUGAGAGGUUGAUUUUAUUGACCAAAUCGAGAGACAACAACCCAUGCGUAAUACAUGGUGAUGCCAUUGACCAUCAUUUACGUUAAUGUACACUGUGAUGACAGGGAUUAUGAUCAUGGUCGCAUCCCAUGUAAAUCAUUGGUAUCAAUCAUACAACCAAUCAUCAAUUGACUUGACUACUGUUUUAAAUGCAUAGUAAAGAUAACUCUUUGUGACAUUGGUCAGCAUAGCCCAGGUCUAUAUUGGACUGGUUCAUAGGCUACUGUGGUCUGAGCCUUUCUUUCUGAUUUUUUUGCAAACCCUCACUGGAUAUAUGAUUGAAUUGUAUUUGUCAGAUUAGUUCAAUUUGGCCUGGACAUGAAAUAUAUUUCUCCAAGGCCCAUAACAACUGCCAAAUUAGAAUGUUCAAAGGACUUGGAGAAGAAGAUGACAUUCUUUAAAGGAGACAUUUCAUGGUACCAAAUAUAUCACAUUUAAAAAGGAAUCCCUUUGGCAGUUCAACUAAACAAUUGAAUAUACCAUAAGCUCCUCCCCUACUGCAGAGUUCCACAAUUAUGAGACUUCUCAGCUACAGUGGAUGGAACAUAAAGUCUAUAACAGUCUAUUCUUCCUCUAUACAUGAAUCAUAAUGGAACAUUGUCUUAGGAAUACUGUAUUUAUCCUGGCUGCAUGCUAUUUUGGUACAGUAUAGUGCUUCUCUUUUCUACAUUCUCAUUCUCUGAACCUUAGCCUAUUAUGUAUUAUAAAAACCCAAAUAUAUUUUUUCAGAUUGCAGAGGUGAAGAGGCUGUUGACCAGCAGAGUGGACAUGUUACUGCCCUUGAAGGAGAACUGGUAACACUCAGUUGUAACGUAACUACUAGCAGUAAUACAUUUCCUGAUCUCUUCUGGUACAUCCAGUUAACUAGGGACUCUCCUCAGUAUGUCCUGAGAAGAGAUUGUUAUUCAGAAUGGAGCAAUAGUGAUGAGUUCAAGAAGAGGUUUGAUUCCAUGCUGAAGUACACAUCUAGCUCUGUCCCCUUGACGAUCCAGAGGUUGCAGCUGUCUGACUCUGCUGUGUACUACUGUGUUCUGAGGCCCACUGUGACAACAGGAUAUACAGACCCCCCACAAAAACUAGUGUAUCCUUAGCACUAGUGUAGAAAAAAUACAAGCCUUACUUCUGUGGUGGGUGUGACGUAACCAGGGCUGUAGACCUCAAACAGUGACACACAGAAGAACAUUCCAGAGGAGAAUGAUGCAUCCAAACAUCAGUCUGAAGAUGGAGAAAUCAAUCAGUGUAUUAAUUAUUCUGAUUAUGACUACAGGUAAACAAUACCUAAACAUUUGAACACCUUGCAUCCUUAUAAUCAGAUUUUUCAAUUAUGGUAUUGCUAGUAAAACAUAUUUUGAUGAAGUGAAGUCAUUUAAAUGUGAAAAAUAAUCAUGUGUUUUGAAUCAGCUUUAUUAUCUAUUUUUCCUCUGCAGGAAUGGUAUCUGGAGCUAGUUUGACUCCUGACAAGGAGGAUUAUACCCCCACUGAGAGAUCAUCAGUGACACUGAGCUGUUCAUAUGAAACAGAAAGAGACGAUAUUUUACUUUACUUGUACCGGCAUUAUUCUAAACAGGCUCCUCAGUUUCUACUGUACAAAGGUGCCAGAUCAUCUAACGGUGUUGACCAUAUCCCUGAUAAGAGAUAUACAUCCAAAACGUCUCAGACAUCAACUGAACUGGUUAUAAAAAGACUAACCCUGGCAGACACAGCUCUCUACUACUGUGCUUCUGGCACAGUGAUACAAAGUCCAUAAGACGCUGUACAAAACCUGCAGACCAGAAAUGCUUUGAUGAAGUGGAAAUCAUAAUUAAACAUCAACCACAUUUUAUGUCAUAAUGGCAGAGGUUGAGAUCAGAGAAUUGUGGUCACACCUUUGCUGUGUGCAAUCACCAGGUGGUCUAGUGUUUCUCUGUCUUCAUAUUCAAUGAACUGUGAGAAAGAUGUAUUCAAUUUCACUUAGAUAGGUAUUUUAAUAUAGGUUGAAAAAGCACUUGGGAAUAUGACGAAGUGCAAAAUAUUAUUGUUUGUAGUUACUCCUUCUCACAAUUCACACAGCUUGGUGGUGUAGUAUGUAAGUUAACCUGAAGUGGCAACCUAACAAAUAACAAACACCCCUGAAUCAGAGGAUGGUCGUAGAAGGACAACCAACAAAACUCACUUGACUAUUCUUUACAACUGAUCAAUCAUCAUAUCUCUUCUGGCACAAACAACAAUCAAAUAGAAACCGCAUGUUUAUGUUGAGAAGGGAUACAUUUUCACCUGGAGACACUACUACUGAGUUCAAGGAGAGAUUUGAUGCCCGUCUGAAUGUCACAGCAAAAUCAGUCCCCUUGACGAUCCAGAGGUUGCAGCUGUCUGACUCUGCUGUGUACUACUGUGCUCUGAGGCCCACUGUGACAACAGCAAUCUUUAAGUCAUACCACAGAUUCUCAAUUGGAUUGAGGUCUGGGCUUUGACUAGGCCAUUCCAAGACAUUUAAAUGUUUCCCCUUAAACCACUCAAGUGUUGCUUUAGCAGUAUGCUUAGGGUCAUUGUCCUGCUGGAAGGUGAACCUCCGUCCCAGUCUCAAAUAUCUGGAAGACUCAAACAGGUUUCCCUCUAGAAUAUCCCUGUAUUUAGCGCCAUCAUUUCUUCAAUUCUGACCAGUUUCCCAGUCCCUGCCGAUGAACAACAUCCCCACAGCAUGAUGCUGCCACCACCAUGCUUUACUGUGGGGAUGGUGUUCUUGGGGUGAUGAGAGGUGUUGGGUUUGCGCCAGACAUGGCAUUUUCCUUGAUGGCCAAAAAUCUCAAUUUUUGUCUCAUCUGACCAGAGUACCUUCUUCCAUAUGUUUGGGGAGUCUCCCACAUGCCUUUUGGUGAACACCAAACGUGUUUUCUUUUUUUUCUUUUUUAAUCAAUGGCUUUUUUUCUGGCCACUCUUCCGUAAAGCCCAGCUCUGUGGAGUGUAUGGCUUAAAGUGGUCCUAUGGACAGAUAAUCCAAUCUCCGCUGUGGAGCUUUGCAGCUCCUUCAGGGUUAUCUUUGGUCCCUUUGUUUCCUCUGAUUAAUGCCCUCCUUGCCUGGUCUGUGAGUUUUGGUGGGCGGCCCUCUCUUGGCAGGUUUGUUGUGGUGCCAUAUUCUUUCCAUUUUUUUAAUAAUGGAUUUAAGGGUGCUCUGUGGGAUGUUCAAAGAUUCUGCAAUUUUUUUUAUAACCCAAUCUUGAUCUGUACUCUGUGCCGCUUGCUUGGUGGUGCCCCUUGCUUAGUGGUGUUGCAGACUUUUGAAACAAGUUAUUUUUUUCAUUUCACUUCACCAAUUUGGACUAUUUUGUGUAUGUCCAUUACAUGAAAUCCAAAUAAAAAUCAAUUUAAAUUACAGGUUGUAAUGCAACAAAAUAGGAAAAAGGCCAAAGAGGAUGAAUACUUUUGCAAGGCAUUUUUGCAAGUACUAAUGAAAAGUUGGGACCAAAGCACAAAAUGUUUUUCAAUAUACUUUAUGUACAGUAGUAUACAUGAAUUAGAUACUAUGUAGACUAAAUUAGUGUUUGUGAAUGAAUUAUAAAAGAAUAUGUGUACGUUUUCACCACCCCAAAAAUAUAUGUUUAUCAUACCCACUUCAUGGAAAAUUUAUGUAAUUGAAAAUUGCUUUAGGCUACUUUUCAUUUUAUGUGAGCUAGACGUAAGCUUUUCUCUUUGGCUAAUUUACUGCAAAGCGUGCUUAUAUCUAAUACUGACAACGUAAUAUUGACAAAUACAUUUUCAUUCAAUUUUACCUCUCUCUGAACAGUCUCCUCUUUCAUGUUUGUCAGAUGUCAGUUGAUGGUGAUAUACAGGCUGAGAUGGACAUGGAAGAGAGAGAGAGGAUCUCUACCUCUUACUGUAACUCACAGUCACUCUCUGUGUGUUCUGCAUAACCAUGGUACUCUGUCUGAUCAUCUGGCUGGUUCUUGCUGUAUUGUGCUUCGGUAUGAUGGAACCUUUUCUCUCAUUGGUUAAUCUCAUCUUUAACUAAUUGUUGCUACAUUUUUCUCAUUUUUAUAAUCUUUCUAAUUUUCCCUAACUCUUUAUUCCCCCCAGAGUGCAUAGGAGACCAUGUCCAACAGCAACCAGGAGGUGUGAUUGCUACAGAAGGAGGACUGGUAACACUGAGUUGUCAAUAUAACACCACCAGUGCUAAUUAUGCAUAUCUACACUACCGGUCAAAAGUUUUAGAACACCUACUAAUUCAAGGGUUUUUCUUUAUUUUAUUAUUAUAUAUUGACAAUAAUGUUGUAACCAAAAAAGUGUUAAACAAAUCAAAAUAUUUUUUAUAUUUGAGAUUCUUCAAAUAGCCACCCUUUGCCUUGAUGACAGCUUUGCAUACUCUUGGCAUUCUCUCAACCAGCUUCACCUGGAAUGCUUUUCCAACAGUCUUGAAGGAGUUCCCACAUAUGCUGAGCACUUGUUGGCUGCUUUUCCUUCACUCUGCGGUCCGACUCAUCCCAAACCAUCUCAAUUUGGUUGAGGUCGGGGGAUUGAGGAGGCCAGGUCAUCUGAUGCAGCACUCCAUCACUCUCCUUCUUGGUAAAAUAGCCCUUCCACAGCCUGGAGAUGUCCUGUUGAAAAACAAAUGAUAGUCCCACUAAGCCCAAACCAGAUAGGAUGGCGUAUUGCUGCAGAAUGCUGUGGUAGCCAUGCUGGUUAAGUGUGCCUUGAAUUCUAAAUAAAUCACAGACAGUGUCACCAGCAAAGCACCCACACACCAUAACACCUCCUCCUCCAUGCUUUACGGUGGGGACCACACAUGCGGAGAUCAUCCGUUCACCUACUCUGCGUCUCACAAAGACACAGUGGUUGGAACCAAAAAUCUCACAUUUGGACUCAUCAGAUCAAAGGACAGAUUUCCACCGGUCUAAUGUCCAUUGCUUGUGUUUCUCGGCCCAAGCAAGUCUCUUCUUAUUAUUGGUGUCCUUUAGUAGUGGUUUCUUUGCAGCAAUUUUACCAUGAAGGCCUGAUUCACACAGUCUCCUCUGAACAGUUGAUGUUGAGACGUGUCUGUUACUUAAACUCUGUGAAGCAUUUAUUUGGGCUGCAAUUUCUGAGGCUGGUAACUCUAAUGAACUUAUCCUCUGCAGCAGAGGUAACUCUGGGUCUUCCUUUCCUGUGGCAGUCCUCAUGAGAGCCAGAUUCAUCAUAGCGCUUAAUGGUUUUUGCGACUGCACUUGAAGAAACUUUCAAAGUUCUUUAAAGUUCUGUAUUGAUUGACCUGCAUGUCUUAAAGUAAUGAUGGACUGUCAUUUCUCUUUGCUUUUUUGAGCUGUUCUUGCCAUCAUAUGGACUUGGUCUUUUACCAAAUAGGGCUAUCUUCUGUAUACCACCCCUACUUUGUCACAACACAACUAAUUGGCUCAAACGCAUUAAGAAGGAAAUAAAUUCCACAAAUUAACUUUUAAGAAUGCACACCUGUUAAUUCUUAAAUGUUCCAGGUGACUACCUCAUGAAGCUGGUUGAGAGAAUGCCAAGACUCUGCAAAGCUGUCAUCAAGGCAAGGGGUGGCUAUUAGAAGAAUCUCAAAUAUUUUGAUUUGUUUAACACUUUUUUGGUUACUACAUGAUUCCAUAUGUGUUAUUUCCUAGUUUUUAAGUCUUCAUAAGAGUCAAAAUAAAGAAAAACCCUUGAAUGAACAAGCAAAUGACUUCCCUAAACAUAUGCUAACCCAUUAUCCUUUUGGAUCUGGAGACAAUGCUGCAGGGUUCAAGAUGAGAUUUGAUGUCAGUCUAAAUGCCAAAACACAAUCAGUCCCCUUGACGAUCCAGAGGCUGCAACUGUCUGAUUCUGCUGUGCUCUGAGGCCCACUGUGACAACAGGAUGUACCGCCCCCUUACAAAAACACUGUGUGUGCACGUGGGUGCAUGUGUACAGUACGUUGUGUUGUGUGCCGUUUUUUAAGUCAAGGGGAGGUGUUACAUAAUUGAGGCAGAAGAAAGGAAAUGCCUUUUAAAACUGACAGUGAGAAACCAGUGGAGUCAUUCUGUCAUAACUAUAUUUGUGUUCACUAUUUUCACUGUGUUAAAUAACACUUACCAGCAUGUUACUAGGAUCAAUUUGAAUAUUUGCACUAGUGGGUGAGUUUGAUGCUAUUCUUAUUAUCCAAUCACAUAUCCAAUGUAAUUACUGGAGCCUGGAGUAAUAUUACUGUGAAGAAAUUACAUUUUUAAAACUCUUGACUGAAUAAUUAGUUUAAUUUUAUAAUAAUUUCCUGAUAAUAAUUCCUGUUUUCAUAAAUGUUUUCCAGGUGGCAGUCAUGGGAAUGACAUUACUCCAACAACAGAUAAGGUGUUUGGGUUGAAGGAUGAUGUCAUGAAGCUGUCCUGUAACUACUCCUCUGCUAGUAAUCUCCAGUGGUAUCGACAGUACCCUGGAUCAUCUCCCAUCUUCCUCCUCCUCACUGGAGUGUCCUCAAAUCCCUCUGUACUGAGCGCUAUUCCUCCAUACCCACGACUGUCUAUUAAACUGAAUAAGGAGAGAACCCGUGUGGAUCUGGAGAUCUCCUCUUCUGAAGUGACACACUCUUCUCUGUACUACUGCACCCUGCAGGUCACAGUGACAGGAAACCCAGAAACACUGUAUAAAUACCUCAAAGCUCAUGAUACACUCCUGUUAUUAAUCUUUUAGGGCAGAGGUGGGGCUUCCUACUGUAGGUUCAAGAAAAUUAAUUAUCCUUUAAAAAGCUGUUUUGGACUUCACCCCAGCAUAUAACCUAAGCUACAAUAUAAUUGUUCUCUACUGAGUUAUUUUACUUACUACACUGACAUGUUAAUAAAUUACUGUAUUCCUGUCAUUCUUUUACCUACAUUUUUUUGGCUAAUUGAUAUUUUAUCCGUGCUAUUGGAUUUUAGAGCAAAUAGGAAUAUCAAAUACAUCUAUCUUUUCAUUUAUCUACCAUCUCUUCACAUUUGCAGGGGGCAGUUUUCAGCAGACCAUCCAGCCAAACCAACAUGAAGUGUAUGGAGAGGAGGGUAGUAAUGUUCAGUUUUCCUGCAACUACUCCUCAUCAUACAGUGUACUGUGGUAUAAACAGUAUCCAGGAUCAGCUCCCCAACUCCUCCUCUUCAUCCACCAUGCCUCUAGGACUGUAGUGAGAGCUAAACCUCCAUACUCUCACCUUUACAUUUACGUCAUUUAGCAGACGCUCUUAUCCAGAGCGACUUACAGGAGCAAUUAGGGUUAAGUGCCUUGCUCAAGGGCACAUCAACAUAUUUUUCACCUAGUCGGCUUGGGAAUUAGAACCAGUGACCUUUCGAUUACUGCCACAACGCUCUUAACCACUAAGCUACCUGCCGCCCCACAAAGAGAAGACCCGUGUGGAUCUGGAGAUCUCCUCUGCUGAAUUGAGAGACUCUGCUCUGUACUGCUGUGUUGUGAUGUCCACAGUGACACAUAACUCACUGACUCAGCACUCAGUAGAAUACAGACCUGUCUCCUGUCAGUUAGUUAGAGAUUUACAUGCAUCUGAUGUAUUUUGUUUGACCACAUCGCCAUCAAGUGGAUAAUUCAGUGCAUAAAUAAUUUGUAAACUGCUAUUAAAUGUACGUAUAAAAUAUAUGUGUUUCAACAUAGUCAGUAGGAGGAGCUAGAGUAUAAAACUCAGGAUCAGAUUAUGAAUGCUCAAGAUAAGACAUGAUACUACCAUGAAGAUCAUAGCCAGUUGAUGCUGUGCUUUUCAUCAGCAGCUGGUGCUUAUUCUACACAUCCCGCCAUCUACAAUGUUGUUCUGUUCACUUUUACUCUUAUUUGACUUGAUAGGUAAGUAAUAAUAUGUUUAUUGAAACUGAAUAUGAUUAUUUUUAUGUGUAUUUAUUUUUCAAAUGAACGAUUAUAAAGGUGAUGCACAACAUGAGGAUGCAUUUUGUUUUGUUUUUUUGUCCAUUUUAUUUUUAAACUGCAUUUGAAAUUAAUUCAAUCUCCCAUGUGGGUAUAAAGUAUUAUAUAUAAUAUAUAAUAUUAUGUUUUACAGGUCUCAGUUCUGAACAGGUAUUAACACCCUACACUGAUGUAGAAGUGGCUUCAGAAAGGGACAGAGUUACUCUCUCUUGUAACUACACCUCUUCUGCUAACACUCUUCUAUGGUAUCGACAAUAUCCAAAAUCAGCACCACAGUUGCUGGUUAUGGAACAUAUGCCUGCAACAACUCCAGGGUUCACUCUAAAUCAUGACAAAAAAGCCAAACGUGUGGAUCUGGAGAUCUCCUCUUCUGAAGUGACAGACUCUGCUCUGUACUACUGCGCCCUGCAGCCCACAGUGACAGGAAACCCAGAACCACUGAAAAAAAACCUGACAGCUCAUGAUAAACUCCUGUUAUUCAUAUUUUAUGGCAGGGGUGGGGCUUACUCAAGAGAAUACAUUUUCCUUUAAAAAACUGUGUUGGACUUCACCCUUGCCUCUAACCUCAGAUACAGUAUGGCAUUUAUCCACACAAUUAUUUUACUUUCUGCACCCUCGCCUCACUGUAAAACUGAAUUAUUGGAAAACUCAGGCAGAUCUAGAGAUCUCCUCUGCUGAAGUGACAGACUCUGCUCUGUAUUACUGUGCUCUGAAGCCCACAAUGACAGGAAACCCAGAAAUACUGUACAAAAACCUGACAAAAUACAGUAUACUGUAGGAAGAAAGCCAUAACAGAAAACAUUUCACGUUGGUGUCAAGAGGAAGAGCUGGAUAAUCAAAGAUCCACAUGUAGCUUAUGGGAUAUUAUUGUUCAGGAAGUAGCUAGUCAGUCAGGUCUCCCAGUGCUGUCUAUCUGUCUGUCUGUGUGUCUGUCUGUUUCUCAAAGGUCUAGCAAGAUGUUGCUCUUCUCAUUUGUUCUCUUUUCAGCUUUUUUAGGUGAGUUAUUGUAUGGAUUGAAAUCGUUUAGUUUAAUCUUACAGUAAACGAACAGCACAGAAACAUGGUAAUUGCACAUUAAUAAUUUGUAAAUAUCAGUUACAACUGCACAGUUUUACAGUUACAGAAGUUAUUUGACCACAUAUUUUUGCAGGAAACCGUUUUGGUGAUUCAAUAAACCGUGCGACUACAGAAGAGCUUGUUCAAGAGGGAAGGAAUGUCCAUCUCUCCUGCAAAUAUGAUGCCAUUGUCUACAAUCUACAGUGGUACCGCCAAUAUCCCAGAUCCAAACCAAAAUUCAUCUUGUACAUUACACCAGAGGGGACUAUAUUUAAAACUACUCCCCCACAUCCUCGUCUGACAGUUUCCAUUGACAAAAUGGACAAAUGUGUGGAUCUGAAGAUUUGUUCUGCUGAAGUGACAGACUCUGAUCUUUACUACCGUGCCAUGAAGACCACAGUGACAGGAAACUCUGACACACUGUACAUCCUGUACGACAUACAGUACCAGUCAAAAGUUUUGACACACCUACUCAUUCAAGGGUCUAUAUGUCGUGGAAGGAAGAAAUAGUAUGAAUGAAUUCAUCAAAAUAACAUUUGUAGUGAAAAUAUGUCAAUCAUUAUUUGAAUAUGUUGGUAACCCAUUGUAUAAAAGUGACAAUGCCCUGGAAGUUGUUGUUUGGAGGAUAGCUUGGCGCGAGACGAACACUCUCGGAAAUUAUCACUUAAUUAUUGCUCUCAACAUGGACCUGCUCAGUGGUCUGGUCCUCUGGUGGUAAAUCCAUGUACUGCGCUCUUUAGAGGAGCACAAACAUAGCUUAAGCUACCUAACUAUCUGUUAUGGGCCAGGCAAACAUAAAAAGGCUCUUACACUGUUUUGGUCUGGGUCACUAGAUAUGAAAAGGAAUUAAAGUCUGCACAUGUAUUGUCGUGAACCAUGGUAUGGAUGUAACUCUUAACUCCUCCUUCCUCUGCUGGCUGCGACGUCUUUCAGCUCUCUUCCUCAUGUUGCUCUUCCCGUCCCGUCGACUCUCCGUCUUCUUGGACUCCUGCUCUCUCCAUCCCAGAACCUGUUGUAGCUCGGCGGGGGUGAGAGUUACAUCCAUCCCAUGGUUCAUGACAGAAUAAUAGUUCAUUAUUCAUGUGAGGAUUUAGUGGCUUUAUUCUCAGAACCUCCUCAACAUUUAAAUGUGGUCAGCAAUGUGUAGGUAGAGUAUAAAGGGUUUUCUUUAUAUUUACCCACAAACAGACGUUUCUGCAGCUCCUGGCUGAUCUUCAGGUGAGGUACCUUCUUAUCCUACAUGUGCUGCCCACUACACCUUCUGAAGGACGGGUUGAUCAGGCCCAAGUGAGCCAGGUGGCUUAUCCACUGUUCCACCCUCUCCAACGUCAAGUACUGAGAUGUUCUCUCUGACUCCUGAUCAGUUAUAUGACAGAUCUUCUUAGUCUGUGCUCCUCCUAUAGACUGCCUUCCACAGUUAUGAAGUCCAGUGACAAGGUUUUUCUAUGUAUAAUAAUGAUACAAUAGUUCCAUCUAGUGUUCAACAUUCUGCCCAACAAGGUGAAACCUUGACAUUGCUUGUAUUUUCAAGGGUAAGUUACUAGUGAGAGUCAAUAGGUGUCAGUGGACUCUCAUCAAUUUGCUCCUAUUCCUUAAAAUUACGCAUGCGCCAUGCAAACAAUUUACAGGUGUCUGUGUUGUAGAAUUUCCCCCACCAAACAGAAUAUACAUUCAUUAGGUUUUAACCCUUUCUUGUCACAAUUGCAUAUUCUGUUUGUGCUUCUUGUAUUAACAAUUUGCAUUUAUUUUAUAUGAACAGACUGUGGUUUUCCAAAGUGCAUGCAGACAGGGUCAACUAUAUUCAUUACUAAAUUAUGUACAACAAUAUAUAAUAUAAGGCUUACAAAACAAUUUAAUAUAUUCCCUUGAGGCAUUUACUUUAAAGGCUGAAGCAGUACAUCAGACACAUACAACACACUUCAAUGAAAUCAACACUUGAAAUGUAAUUAGCUGUAAGAGUGCAUUUAAUAACUAUAAUAGUACAAAAACAGUGCCAAGGGCUGGUCAAGGUUAAGGUCGGCUCUAGCCCAAUUCUAACACUAGCUUCUUGUCCAUCUACUGAAUUGACCAUGACCCUAGAAUUAACCCUAACCCUUGCUUCAGUUCGCACAAAUAAUUAAACAUGUUAGGAGAAGGAGGAUUAUGAGGCAGUCAGUUUUCUACUUGAUUAUCUCCAGGCAGGAGUGAAAGGUUUAUUUUAUGGACCAAUUCGAGAGACAACAACCCAUGUGUAAUAGUGUACAUUAUACAUUUCACAUUUAGCUCUAUCUCCUUGACGAUCCAGAGGUUGCAGCUGUCUGACUCUGCUGUGUACUACUGUGCUCUGAAGCCCACUGUGACAACAGGAUAUUCAGUCAUUGUACAACAACACAGGGUAGAGUGUUGUUCAGACAAUGACACAAACUUCUCAAUGUUUGAUGAUACACUGAAAGAGGAGGAGACAAUGAUUUCAUAGUCUUAUGUCACAUGUAGCAUACAUCAGUGUGUUUUACUCUUCUCCAACCCAUCUCACUGUAGGCAUGGAACCCUGGUUGAGGAAUUUACUGAUUCUUGCUGCAUGUUGUUAUGGUAUGAUAAUAUUAUUUUCCUAAUUAAUUUACUGCCUUUGCUCCCAUCCCUUUCUUUUUUCUAACAUAUUUUUCAGUAUAACACUACCAGUAUUCAUUUAAUAUGUCUAUCUAUCCUCUAUCAUGUGUGGUCCCGUGUGGCUCAGUUAUAGAGGACGGUGAUUGCAACACCAGGUUUGUGGGUUAGAUUCCCACAGGGGACCAAUAUGAAAUAGUAUACAAAUGUAUGCACUCACUACUGUAAAUCACUCUGGAUAAGUCUGCUAAAUGAAUGAAUUAAAAUGUAUAUCAUGUUGCUUUUCUCAUUAUUUUCCAGAAUGCAGAGGAGAAGACUCAGUCAUUCAGCCACCAGGAGAUGUGAUCGCUACUGAGGGAGAACAGGUCACACUAGGCUGUCAAUUUGAUGCAGUUAAUACUAAUGAUCUCUACCUGUUCUGGUACAAGCAUGAAGUAAAUAGCUUCCCAAAGUUCAUGCUGGGACGUUUUUCUUUUGGAAGUACAAAUGCCACUGAGUUCAAGGAGAGAUUUGAUGCCCAUCUCGAUACAGACUCCAAAUCAGUCCCCUUGACGAUCCAGAGGGUGCAGCUGUCUGACUCUGCUGUGUACUACUGUGCUCUGAGGCCCACUGUGACAACAGGAUAUACAGCCCCCUUACAAAAACAUACUGAGCUACACAAUGACAAUACACCUGUCUGUACAGUAUACAACACCACUUUGAAAUUGACACAGUAACCUUCUCACUACCUCCCUGAUACCAAGACUAGUGGUAGCAGAUGAUGAUAAUCAUAGUGAUGAUGAUGAUGAUGAUUAUACAGUAAGUCAUUGUUGAUGCCAAUAAAGCUCCCUCUUCCAAUUCAGCUCUAAUUGUAGAUGUAAGAAACAAUACAAUGCCAUUAAAAUAUCUCAUGGAUUCGAACAUAUACAGCUAGUAGUGUCUAACUAGAUUAAGUCAGGAGAAAAAAGUUAUAUUUCAGUAUUGUGUACAGAGUUAUGGAAAGUCAGCAUCAACCACAAGGGGGCCACAUUACCAAGUGAUUGUUGCUUUCUACUCUGGAAUGACUUGUCUAUUUGAACAUCCCCUCUGUGCUGUGCUGCAUGGUCUAGGCCUGUGUUGCCACAAAGACAGGAAUCAAGAGAGCACACCAGUUUCAAUAUUGUAACAUCAGUUUGUCUUGGUCUUUGUAUCCUAUGAUAAGUAUGGGACAUUGGCUGUGGACCUCUGUUGUUCUUGCUGCACUUCUCUUUGGUAGGAUACGGCUCUCAUGAUCUUUUUCUCAAUACUCUGAUGUUACUGGAAUCCUGACAUUUUAAACAGAGGUAUUCUUCUUUGUUUCCAGAGUGCAGAGGAGCAGACAGUGUUACUCAGUCAAAGAGAGAAGUGACUGCUUAUGAAGGAGAAUACAUGUCUCUCAGCUGUGAAUAUAACACCAGUUUAUCAGCUCCAUCCCUUUUCUGGUACAUUCAAUCCACAAACGAUUACCCUGAAUAUGUUUUGCGGAAGGAUGUCAUUGGACCAGGGGAUAUUGCUGAUAAAUUCAAGGAGAGAUUUGAUGCCCAUCUCAGUUCCAUUACCAAAUCAGUCCCCUUGACGAUCCAGAGGGUGCAGCUGUCUGACUCUGCUGUGUACUACUGUGCUCUGAGGCCCACUGUGACAACAGGAUAUACAGCCCCCUUACAAAAACAUACUGAGCUACACAAUGACAAUACACCUGUCUGGACAGUAUACAACACCACUUUGAAAUUGACACAGUAACCUUCUCACUACCUCCCUGAUACUACCAAGACUAGUGGUAGCAGAUGUUGAUAAUCACAGUGAUUAUGAUGAUGAUGAUGAUGAUGAUUAUACAGAAAGUUUUUGUUGUUGCCAAUAAAGCUCCCUCCUCCAAUUCAGCUCUAAAUGUAAAUGUACGAGACAUUAAAAUUAUAUUUUAAUAUCGCAUGGAUUAGAAAACAUACAUAUAUAUAUAUAUAUAUAUAUAUAUCUUAGAAUUCAUCAUUAGGAGACAAAACCAAUGCUCAGUAUUGUGAACAGAGUAAUGUAAAAGCCAGCAUCAACCACAAGGUGGCCACAUUACCAUGUGAGUGUUGCUUUCUACUCUGAAAUGACAAUUUGAACAUCCCCUCUGUGCUGUGCUGCAUGGUCUAGGCCUGUGCUGCUACAAAGACAGGAAUCAAGAGAACACAAGCUUCAUACAAUCUAACAUUUGUUUUUGAUAUUGCUAUAGCAUCAGAAUACAGCCAUCAGUAGCUGAGGUUUGAUCUCCAGUGUAAGACUGCCAUGCAUACAUGUCUAAUUCUCCUUGUGGCCUCAGGUAAAUGUCUAUGAUAUAUUGAGCACCUCACUUUUAACCUCAAGGAUUGGACCCUUUUUAAAAAUGUUCGCCUCAAAUGACAUACCCAAAUCUAACUGCCUGUAUUUCAGGACCUGAAGGAAGGAUAUAUUGAUACCAUUUUAAAGGAAACACUCUGAAGUUUGUGGAAAUGUGAAAUUAUUUUAGGAGAAUAUAACACAUUAGAUCUGGUAAAAGAUAAUAUCAUCUUUGAAAUGCACGAGAAAGGCCACUAUAUACGAUUGCAGUUUAAGCGCAAUUUAGCAGUGUGUGUGCAAAGUUUCAGAUUGAUCCAGUGAAGCAUUGCCAUACUGGAUUAUUUUGUGGAGCCAGAGACAGCAGGGGUUCAAACUGUAGAACUUAGUUCCUACAUUUGACUAUAAAAUUGAUCUUAUCAAACACAACCAUGCUAUAUUUUAUCUCUGGGACCCUUUGGAUGACAAAUCAGAGCAAGAUUACUGAAUGUAAGUACAUUAUUUACCUUCAGAGGUGAAGGUAUAAAACCAGUUGCCGUGAUACGUUUUUUGUUGUUGUGCACUCUCCUCAAACAAUAGCAUGCAAUUUUUUCACUGUAAUUGCUACUGUAAUUUGGACAGUGCAGUUAGAUUAACAAGAAUUUAAGCUUGCUGCCCAUAUAAAACAUGUCUAUGUCCUGGAAGGUUUGCUGUCUUGCUAAUCACAUUAGAGCACGUUAGCUCAACCGUCCUGUUUACUGGACACCUAUCCCUUAGAGGUUAACAUUAGUUGCAUUACUAGAAUAGAAAAUGAUACUUAUACCAUUACAUGAUAUGUUACAGUGAGACAGAAUGUUAUGUACAGUAUUUUCAUUUGGAUUUUAUUGCUAUAUUUAUAUGUACAGUAGUAAUACUGCAUUAUCUUUCCAGAACUGAUUACUGGGGAUCACAUUACUCCUGUAAAGCCCAGAGUCAUCUGUACAGAAGGAGAAUCUGUGACACUGAGUUGCUCAUAUGAUACAAGCAGUGAUAAUAUUCUGCUUUAUUGGUACCAGCAGUACCCUAACCAGGCUCCUCAGUUUCUAAUGGUUAAGUUGCCAUAUAAAGUACCAGUUAACAUUCCUCUGAUAGUUCAUAUAAAUCCACAACGUAUAACAUCUGAACUGGUCACAAAACAUCUAACCCUGGCAGACACAGCUCUCUACUACUGUGCUUUUGGGAAAGAUAGGAAGGUGCUUACAUUUUUCUGAGAAGCUGUACAAAAACCUAAACCUGGAUAAUUAUUUGAUUCUCCCAUCUUGAUGGAAACAGUUUCCAGACCAUAAUUUUAAAUCAGAUACACUCAAGAUGUUUUUAGGCUACCAGAGUGAUUGUGGUUACACCUGUAAAUGUCCUCUCCCCUUUCAAGAGUGAUUAGUACAGCAGCCUAUCAACAUCUGCACUAGUGUAGAUAAUUGAACCUCUGUAGUAGAUGUGACAUUGGUCUGUCAGCUAGUGUGACACACAGUAACACACAGAGGAACACUUUCAGAGGAGAGUGAAUGCAUGCAAACAUCAGUCUGAAGAUGGUGAAAUCAAAGCAUUUGAAAAUACAUUUCUCUUCCUAUUAUUCAUUCACUUCAGAAGAUCCUCUGAAAAAUGAGUUGUGUUGUGUUUAGAGGAGGAGCUAGUAUGAAAAUGAAGAGGAGAGACUCAAAAUGGCAUGAAAGACUUUCCUCAGUGUAUUGUAAGCUUGUCUCUCUAACAUUAACCAUGCUGUGCUGGUUCAACCUGUACUUUGUAACAUUUGUGGGCAAGUAAAAUACAUUUAACAGUCAUGAUAAUAUGUCAUUACUUAAUUAAAAGCUUGGAAAAACAACACACAAGCUUUGACAGGACAAAUAUAACUUAUAUUUCAUAUGUCAGUUUUCUGCAGGUGAUAGUUGUGGGGAUGGAAUUUACUCCAACAGUCUUGAGAAGGAUGUGAUACAUGGUGGCAGUGUCAAGCUUUCCUGCAACUACACAGUAUCUGGUGGAGGCAGUGUCUUAUGGUAUCACCAAUAUCCCACAUCUGCUCCCCAAUUCUUCCUCCUUAUCUCAGUGUAAUCAGCAUCUGCUGAGACAAUAGUUACUGCAGAUCCACCGUAUCCUCGAUUGUCAGUUAACGUUGACAAAGUGGCUGAACGAGUGGAUCUGGAGAUCUCCUCUGCUAAAGUGGCAGACUCUGCUCUGUACUAUUGUGCUUUGAGGCCCACAGUGACAGGAAACCCAGAAACACUACAAAUACCUUCCUGUAAUAAAGUCCUACUAGUAAACACCAUGUAAUAUGCAAGCAGCUGCAAACAAAUGAUCAGAGAUCAUGUUCAUGAUUAUCCAUCAAUAAUUCUGAUGUAAUGUGCGUCCAUUUCCUGAAUAGGAGUAGCUAAGAUGAGAGGUGGAGAGAUGAUUCUCCUCUAACUGACUGGAACAGUGGGAUGUCUUCAGUUCUGCCUCCUGAUAACACACUGUCACACCCAUCACCAUGUUUCUCUAUCCAGUGUUUCUCCUCUCUGCACUUGUUGGUGAGUAUUAGUCUUACAUUACAUACUUUUAGCUUAUUCAAUGUAACUGUCAAGUGUCAUUUGAAAAUAGCACUUCGUAGAAGAAAUGUAAAUGACUGAUUAUCUUUUCACUUGUGUCGAAUAUGACACAGAGUAUGUAAUAAUUUCCCAUGAACUGAAAAUGUUAAUCUAAACGUAACUUUAUUACAGGAGGAAGUUAUGAAAAUGACAUAAAACCAACUUCAGAGACAGAACAUGGCAUGGAGGGAAGCAGUGUUACACUGUCUUGCAACUACUCUGGCUCAGUAGAAAAUAUUCUAUGGUAUCGGUAAUAUCCCAGAUCAGCACCCCAAUUCCUCCUGUACACUACAAUCUCCUUAAAACCCUCUGUAAUAAGAGCUAAACCUGAAGACCCUUGACUCUCUGUUAAUCUGAAUAAAGAGAGAACAAAUGAAUCUGAGAUACAAAUAAUAUUACUGCACAGAUCAUACACGUAACGUUAGUUAGCUAGCCAGCCAGCAAACGUUAGCUAGCUAGCUAACAGUACACUUUAACUUGAAAUGGAAAUAACUUUCUGACAAAAUUAGAAACGUAUAAUAUCUGAAAAUGUAGCUAGGUAGACUCUCUUACCCGUAAACAUGGAUGGACGCUUCUCCCUCUCUGUCACGGAUGCUAUGGUUGCAUUUAGUUUGAAGAUGUAAUCCGGAGACGUGUUUUAUACAACAGCCUUCUGUGUGUUCUCUUUUCGACCCCGUCUGCAUAUUUGCAAUUUUCGCUCUCCUUAGCUAUCAUGCUCUAUUUCCACUGAUUUCAAAACUCGGUCCUCUAGAAAGUGGCGAGCAACACUUAUGCAGUUCUACUACAUGAUAUCUUUCAAAAAAGCCACGUUAGAAAGGAUUACCUACACAUACUGACCAGCUCAUGUUAUGGACAGAAGCGUGCUACAUGGCAGACCAAUCCGAACUCAUCUCUUGGCAUGUCCAGCCCACUCAUUAUCUCAGCCAAUCAUGGCUAGUGGGAAGGUUGCAGUCUUUUUCCGUGGCUAAACCAACUAAGCUCGUAAUUUAAUAAUUGUAUUCGUAUUUACAGAUGGCAUACAAGUUUGUUAUUAAGGCACAUGAAAGUUCACAUGUUCCAGAAGGCAUUUCUGCCCAAACAUAGUACGUUCAAAUGGAGCUCCUGUGAAGUAGUGACGCGCGACAUACGCCUAGUUUCCUGAAACAAGUCACAAAUGAGAGGAGAGGAGAGGAGAGGAGAGGAGAGGAGAGGAGAGGAGAGGAGAGGAGAGGAGAGGAGAGGAGAGGAGAGGAGAGGAGAGGAGAGGAGAGGAGAGGAGAGAGGCGAAGAGGAGAGGAGAGGAGAGAUUGAGCAUUUUUAUAGCAACUGUACUUUGUGGUGGAGCUUGUAGGUAAACAAAACAGAAAUUAUCAACUGUUCUUUUUUACAGGUACAAGUAUUGAAGACAUAGUUACUCCAGACAGAGAUGUAGUGGAUGUUAUGGAGGGUGGUAGUGUUAAACUCUCCUGUCGAUUCAACAGCUAAUUAACCAACAGUGACAGGAAACCCAGUGAGGCCCACAGUGAGGCCCACAAUGACAGGAAACCCAGAAACACUAGAAAAACAGACAAUACAAACACAGAUAAGUUGCAGUGGUUAGACGGCACAAGCGGGGAGCCCAGCCAAGAGCGAGUUGCAGUAGUCCAGAUGGGAAAGGACAAGUGCCUGAAUUAGGACCUUUGCCGCUUCCUGUGUGAGGUAGGGUCGUACUAUACGGAUGUUGUAAAGCAAGAACUUGCAGGAGCGAGUCAAUACAAUAUUUGCAGAGAACAACAGGGUGUUGUCCAGGGUCACGCCAAGGUUCUUUGCACUCUGAGAGGGGGACACUGUGGAGUUGUCAACGGUGAUGGAGAGGUCUUUGAGCGGGCAGGCCUUUCCCGGGAGGAAGAGCAGUUCCGUCUUGUCGAGGUUGAGCUUGACUGAACAUUCUCUCAUAUAAAUGUAUCUGAAUUGAUGCAAUCUUUAUGGUCAUUUAGGAAACCUUCAUCACCACCACCACACUUAAUUAAAAGCCAGCAUUUAAAUGGGUUUUAUGUCAUAACCUGGGCAUGGGUGCCAGUUCUGAUCCUGGGAUCUGGUAAUUGGAGGGCUGCUGGGUUCAGAUCCUGACUACACCGGUGUUGCACUGCCGCGACCCUGUGCUCCUCUCAAUUGUGUGUGUGAGAUGUGAUAUCUGGGGGAGUUGACUAAUGCGAGCAGAAGAGACAUUUCCGUUGUUCGCUGUAACAUGGACAAUAAAGUUGUAUAGGGAGGAGCUACGAAGAUCCUGUUCAAACCGUAAAUAUGAUUACAGAAGACAUAUUUCUGUGAAUUAGUUGGUCCAUCAUACAGGAGAUGAAUGAUGAUGUUACUUGGUUUAACCUGGAUGUUCUCUACAUUUUGUACAGGUGAGCCUUACAACAUUUUUUAAUUGAGCCCGUAUUGUUGAUGGAAAUUAAGAUUGACUUGCAAUUGAUUUCGUUUCUAUAUUCUCUUUACAGGACAGAUUUCUGGGGAUCACACAGAAAUCAGAAAUCAGUACAGAGGGAAAACCUGUGACUCUGAGCUGCUCAUAUGAUAUAACCAGCAAUUAUCCUAUUCUUUAAUGGUACAGGCAAUAUCCUAAUCAGGCUCCUCAGUUUCUACUGAAUAAAGGUGCCAGAUCAAUUCAUUGGGAACAUAUCCCUGAUAAGAGACAUACAUCCAAAACAUCUCAGUCAUCAACUGAACUGGUCAUAACAAGUCUAACCCUGGCAGACACAGCUCUCUACUACUGUGCUCUCAGAGAUUGUUAUGACCAGUAUUGUUAUACCCAGUGA